UUUAAGUUUAAAUAACAAAUCCAUAUUUACGAUGGUUAAUAUACCAGAUGGUCAACAAGUACGUGUCAAACAACCUAUUUAUGUUUGUGAAGAUAAAGACGCCUGUUUAUAUGCUCAUAACAAGGUUCGAUCAUAUCAUGGAGUUGGAACGUUAUCUUGGGAUGAAAGACUGGCAAGAGAUGCCAAGAAUUGGGCAAUCUACUUGAUAGAAAAUAAUUGUUUUAUGCACGAUAAACGUAUUCAUGAUGGUGAGAAUUUAUACGUAAUAUCUGGUGAUCCAGAGUUUCAUCGGGUCUACCAAGCUGUCCAAGAAUUUUAUGAAGAAAUUAGAAACUACGACUUUGUAAAUCCUGAAAUCUACAAAAACAACCAUGAUUUAUUUCAUACUGUUGGUCAUUUUACCCAAGUGGUUUGGAAGGAUUCAACAAAAGUGGGAUGUUGUGUAGCUUUUGAUAAUGCAUUGAAGAAAACCGUUAUUGUUUGUAGAUAUAGCAUUGGACAAAAUUAUGAUAACUCGAUUCAAGUCCGGCCACAAGUUCAAAAUGAAAAUGGCGAACUAUUUAUUCCGCAGUGUGAAGAUCUUAUCUGGGAGAAUGACGUGAAACCAACUAUUCGACGUGUGAAUCACUAUAUAAAAUAAGAAAUAAAAAACAAACGUUAGUUUUCCCUGAAAAAAAAACCCGCAGUUUUAAUUUUAUUGUGCGAAUCGUUUACUUGACUGUUAGUCUUCUUAAAAAUGUUUUGUGGUUUAGACAUUUGCCGCGUAAUCUUUUUACAAUCGCCUUUGAAAAUUUAUUGUGCCACAAGUCAGUGCAACGGGAAACAUUUCCGUCGCAGGAAAGGAAGACAUCACCGUAAUUAAUGCGUUCUUAUCAGCUGGAUGUUGGAGAUAAUUAAUUAUUAACGAUGUGAAGUUUCACAAGUACUUUACGCACAAGAAUUUUAAAACAAUGGGAUGAAUGCGGGAAACAAAAGAAAUAAUUGUAAAACGAGCGAAGGAGAGUUUUAGAGCGGAUCUUCGAGAGAAGGGACAGAGCUUGAAAGGUUGUAAGGAGAAACAGGACGAAUUUGAACGAUAAGAAAUUUUGAACAGGCUUUAUGAGAAUAACAAAUAAAUAUAUCCUACAUUAUAAUAAGCUUGUGUGAGUGACUAUGUCAGUUUACGGCACUAAAAUCACGGGUUUCUUAUCGCUCAUGCAUUGUCUCCCUAAAGCGUGGCGUUACUCUAAAAUUUACUAAACUUAAAAAAAUUGCCACAUGAGGGUAUAUUUGUUGUUUAUUUUAGAAGCCGUACGGGGUCGUUAUGGUUAAAAUAAUUUAAUUUUAUCCCCUGUUUACCCAUUAAGGUGGUACAACACCAACAUGUCAAUUUUUUUUAAAUAUAAUAAUCUUGACAAAUCUUCUAUAAAAAUUCAAACAUACUCAAGAUUGAAAGACAAAAAAACUUGAAAAAAUUUUUUUUUUUUCAUGUG